AUUUCCAACGGCCAAAAGCAACCAAGUGGUAGAAAAUCCUUUCAAAAAUCAAAAUGGCCAAAGAUUUGCAUGUAGUUCUGGUUCCAUAUGCCGCAUUUGGCCACCUGCUUCCAUUCUUCCAUCUCUCCAUAGCCUUAGCCAAAGCUGGGAUCCAUGUCUCCUUCAUUUCUACACCUAGAAACAUCCAAAGACUCCCCAAACCACCUUCAGAACUAUCUGCUUUCAUAAACUUGGUGGCAUUUCCACUCCCAGUCAUCAAUAGCAGUUCCUUACCAGAAGGGGCCGAGGCCACCGUCGACGUUUCUUCAGAGAAAGAGGUGGACUUAAGGGCUGCCUAUGAUCUUUUGUGUCAUCCCUUUAAGCAAUUCAUCGCCAACGAAUCACCCAAUUGGAUAGGUGUUGAUAUCUUCCCGCAUUGGGUGAUUGACAUUGCCAACGAUUUCCAUGUGCCAGUUUUCUGCUUUUCUGUCUUCUCGGCUGCCACCAUGGUCUUUAGUGGGACACCGGAGUGUUUCACAGGAGAGGGCCUAAAGAAGAUCCGUCCAUCACCGGAAUCCCUGACAACACCCCCUGAGUGGGUCACUUUUCCAUCAUCCGUGGCCUUCCGGCGUGGCUCUGAAGCCAAUGGUUGCUAUUAUAUGUUUUAUAACGGGCAUCUGGGUGAAAGAGUGAGUAAAGUUCUAAAAGGGUGCAAGGCUGUGGCUGUUCAUAGUUGCAAGGAAAUUGAAGGUGAUUACUUGGAAGUACUUAAGAAGAUUUUCCAGAAACCAGUUAUUCCUGUGGGAUUAUUUCCACUGGAUCAGCCAGAGCAAAGGGAUUAUGGUGAGGAGUGGCUUAAAACAUUUAACUGGCUUGAUCAGCAAAAACCCAAGUCUGUUGUGUUUGUUGGCUUUGGAAGUACAUGUAAGUUGAGCAAAGAUCAAGUUCAUGAGAUAGCUUAUGGGCUAGAGCUUUCCAAUCUUCCAUUCCUAUGGUCACUCAUUAAACCUGAAGAUGCAUCUGAAAUUGCCGAUGAUGUCGAUAUUUUACCUCCAAGCUUCAUAAAGAACACGGCUGGCCGAGGUUUGGUGUGUAUGGGAUGGGCUCCUCAAGUGGAAAUUUUAGCCAAUCCUGCCAUUGGAGGAUCGAUGUUUCAUGCUGGGUGGGGUUCUGUGAUAGAGAAUCUUAGGUAUGGUAAUCGACUCAUUGUGUUGCCUCUUGUUUUCGAUCAAAUAUUAAAUGCUAGGUUGUUGGUGGACAAGGGUUUGGCUGUUCAAGUUAAGCAAAAUGAAGACGGGUCAUUUAGUAGGGAUGCCAUUGCAAAGUGUCUGAGGCAAGCCAUGGCCUCAGAAGAAGGGAACCAGAUAGGCCUCAAAGCAGCAGAAGUCGCUGCUGCUGUUGUCGACCAUCCGACCCUGCAUCAAGAGCACAUACGUGAGUUUGUCCAGUAUCUGAAGAAUGGGGUUGCAACACAAACUUGAUCUUCCUUUCCAUUGCCUUGGGAAUAAUGAAAACCCUUCCACUUCUUCCUCUGCAUCCUUAUUGUUCUGCCUUCAUAAACAUAUAAUGUGUAGCUUCCUUUGUGACCCAUUUGAUGGUUGUGAAAACGGAACUCUGUGUAAAGAUCAUAACCUGUUUACUGAAUAUAACUAUCUAAUCUUUAAAAUUUC